AUAGAUAAAAGUAUAUAAAGAAAAGUAUGCAAAGAAUAAUACGAUCACACUCCUCUUGUCAACCUUGAAUUGAUCAUCACCAUCACCACCAUCUCCUCCCUCUAUUCCCUCUCCUCCAUUCCCCUCUCCCUCAAAUCACCACCCCCCCCCCCCCCCCCCCCCCCCCCCCCCCCCCCCCCCCCCCCCCCCCAAAAAAAAAAUGAGAGAAAUCCUCCACAUACAAGCCGGCCAAUGCGGCAACCAAAUUGGCGCCAAGUUCUGGGAAGUCAUCUGCGAUGAGCAUGCAAUCAACCAGUCAGGAUUCUACGAUGGAACCACCGAUCAUCUUCAGCUCGAGAGGAUCAACGUGUAUUAUAACGAAGCUAGUGGAGGGAGGUAUGUGCCUAGAGCUGUGCUGGUGGACUUGGAGCCAGGGACUAUGGAUGCUGUGAGGACAGGGCCUUAUGGCCAGAUUUUUAGGCCGGAUAACUUCGUUUUCGGGCAGUCGGGUGCGGGGAAUAACUGGGCUAAAGGGCAUUAUACGGAGGGGGCAGAGCUGGUUGAUUCUGUUCUUGAUGUUGUUAGAAAAGAGGCUGAGAAUUGUGAUUGUCUUCAAGGAUUCCAAGUAUGUCAUUCUCUGGGUGGUGGCACUGGAUCUGGGAUGGGCACUCUUCUCAUUUCUAAAAUCCGAGAGGAGUAUCCAGAUCGGAUGAUGCUAACAUUUUCAGUCUUCCCUUCUCCGAAAGUAUCUGACACCGUUGUUGAGCCAUACAAUGCCACACUUUCUGUUCAUCAGCUUGUUGAGAAUGCAGAUCAGUGCAUGGUCUUGGAUAAUGAGGCACUCUAUGACAUCUGUUUCCGAACCCUCAAGCUUACUACCCCCACAUUCGGUGAUCUCAACCACCUGAUCUCUGCUACCAUGAGUGGUGUCACAUGUUGCCUUAGGUUUCCUGGUCAGCUGAACUCUGACCUAAGGAAACUAGCAGUUAACCUCAUUCCAUUUCCGCGACUCCACUUCUUCAUGGUUGGUUUUGCGCCCUUGACAUCAAGAGGGUCCCAGCAAUAUCGUGCUCUCACUGUCCCAGAACUGACCCAACAGAUGUGGGAUGCCAAGAACAUGAUGUGCGCUGCUGACCCACGAAAUGGUCGCUACUUAACAGCGUCAGCUAUGUUUCGUGGUAAGAUGAGCACAAAAGAGGUUGAUGAACAGUUGAUUAAUGUCCAGAACAAGAACUCAUCAUACUUUGUUGAGUGGAUACCGAACAAUGUCAAGUCUAGUGUCUGUGACAUCCCGCCAAAGGGCUUAAAAAUGUCUUCAACAUUUAUUGGCAACUCAACCUCUAUUCAGGAGAUGUUCCGACGGGUUAGUGAACAAUUCACAGCCAUGUUCAGGCGAAAGGCUUUCCUGCACUGGUACACUGGUGAAGGAAUGGACGAGAUGGAAUUCACAGAGGCCGAGAGUAACAUGAAUGACCUUGUGGCUGAAUACCAACAAUACCAGGAUGCAACAGCUGAGGAGUACUACGAGGAUGAAGAAGAAGCAGAAGCUGAAGCUUGAGUCUAAGAUUGGUGCAUCUUUGGAUCUCUCUCAGCAGGUUCAUAUGUGCUUAUCAUUGUGAAUGAAUGAAAUAGUGUGACAUAGUUACUCUGUAUUGAAUGAUAUGUCAGAUUGAAGAUUAUGUGUUUUACAUAAAUGACCGGAAAUGUUUGUAUUUAACAGAAUGCUGCUUGGGGUUUGAAGUAUACUGCAAUUUCUUGCCU